GCCGCGGGGAUCCCGGGGCGGCCGAGGGCCCCUGACUCUGUUCACCCAGACAACAUGGACCGGAUGGCCAGCUCCAUGAAGCAGGUACCCAACCCGCUGCCCAAAGUGUUGAGCCGGCGCGGGGUUGGUGCUGGGAUGGAGGCUGCGGAGCGCGAGAGCUUCGAGCGGACUCAGACGGUCAGCGUCAAUAAGGCCAUUAAUACGCAGGAAGUGGCCGUGAAGGAAAAACAUGCCAGGACGUGUAUUCUGGGCACCCACCAUGAGAAAGGGGCGCAGACCUUCUGGUCUGUGGUCAACCGACUGCCUCUCUCCAGCAACGCCAUGCUGUGCUGGAAGUUCUGCCACGUGUUCCACAAACUCCUUCGAGACGGACAUCCGAACGUGCUAAAAGAUUCUCUCAGAUACAAAAAUGAGUUAAGCGACAUGAGCAGGAUGUGGGGCCACCUGAGCGAGGGGUAUGGACAGCUCUGCAGCAUCUACCUCAAACUGCUGAGAACAAGGAUGGAGUACCACACCAAAAAUCCCAGGUUCCCAGGUAACCUCCAGAUGAGCGACCGGCAGCUGGAUGAAGCUGGGGAAAGUGAUGUUAACAACUUUUUCCAGCUCACAGUGGAGAUGUUUGAUUACCUGGAGUGCGAACUGAACCUCUUCCAAACUGUGUUCAACUCCUUGGACAUGUCCCGCUCGGUGUCCGUGACCACAGCUGGCCAGUGCCGCCUCGCCCCGCUCAUCCAGGUCAUCCUGGACUGCAGUCACCUCUAUGACUACACUGUCAAGCUGCUCUUCAAGCUCCACUCCUGUCUUCCAGCUGACACCCUGCAGGGCCACCGAGACCGCUUCAUGGAGCAGUUCACAAAGUUGAAAGAUCUGUUUCAGCGCUCCAGCAACCUUCAGUACUUCAAGCGGCUCAUUCAGAUCCCCCAGUUGCCUGAGAAUCCACCCAACUUCCUACGAGCCUCGGCCCUGUCCGAGCACAUCAGUCCUGUGGUGGUGAUCCCGGCUGAGGUGUCGUCUCCAGACAGUGAGCCCGUCCUGGAGAAGGAUGACCUCAUGGACAUGGACGCCUCCCAGCAGAGUUUGUUUGACAACAAGUUUGAUGACAUCUUCGGCAGCUCGUUGAGCAGUGACCCCUUCAAUUUCAACAAUCAAAAUGGCGUGAACAAGGAUGAGAAGGACCACUUGAUUGAACGCCUCUACAGAGAGAUCAGUGGACUGACAGGACAGCUGGACAACAUGAAGAUUGAGAGCCAGCGGGCCAUGCUGCAGCUGAAGGGUCGCGUGAGUGAGCUGGAGGCAGAGCUGGCGGAGCAGCAGCACCUGGGACGCCAGGCUACGGAUGACUGCGAGUUCCUGCGCACGGAGCUGGAUGAACUGAAGAGGCAGCGAGAGGACACGGAGAAGGCGCAGCGCAGCCUGACUGAGAUAGAAAAAAAGGCCCAGGCCAAUGAACAGCGGUAUAGCAAGUUAAAAGAGAAGUACAGUGAACUGGUGCAGAACCAUGCUGAUCUGCUGCGGAAGAAUGCAGAGGUGACCAAACAGGUGUCCGUGGCCCGGCAAGCCCAGGUGGAUUUGGAAAGAGAGAAAAAAGAACUAGCGGAUUCCUUUGCACAUGUAAGCGAGCAGGCCCAGCGGAAGACUCAAGAGCAACAGGAUGUUCUAGAGACCCUGAAGCGUGAACUGGCCACCAGCAGGCAAGAGCUGCAGGUCCUCCACAGCAACCUGGAAACCUCUGCCCAGUCUGAGGCGAAAUGGCUGACGCAGAUCGCGGAGCUGGAGAAGGAACAAGGCAGUUUGGUGACAGCCGCCGCUCAGAGAGAGGAAGAGUUCUCAGCCCUCCGAGACCAGCUGGAAAGCACCCAGCUCAAACUGGCUGGUGCCCAGGAUUCCAUGUGUCAGCAGAUAAAGGACCAGAGGAGAAUCCUCUUGGCAGGGGCCAGGAAGGCUGCGGAGCGCGAGAUACAGGAGGCCCUGGGCCAGCUUGAAGAGCCUGCCCUCCUCAUCAGCUGUGCAGGAGCCACAGAUCAUCUUCUCUCCAAAGUCAACUCCGUUUCCAGCUGCCUCGAGCAACUGGAAAAGAGCCGCAGCCAGUAUCUGGCCUGCCCAGAAGAGAUCAGUGAGCUUCUGCACUCAAUAACCCUGCUUGGCCACUUGACCAGUGACACCAUCAUUCAGGGGACUGCCACCAGCCUCCGGGCCCCACCGGAGCCAGCCGACUCUCUGACGGAGGCCUGUAGGCAGUAUGGCAGAGAAACUCUGGCCUAUCUGUCCUCCCUAGAGGAAGAGGGGGCCAUGGAAAAAGCUGACACCACAGCCAUAGCGAACUGCCUCGGCAAGAUCAAGACCAUUGGCGAGGAACUGCUGCCCAGGGGCUUGGACAUCAAGCAGGAAGAGCUGGGUGACCUGGUGGACAAGGAGAUGGCAGCCACUUCGGCUGCCAUUGAAGCUGCCACCACCCGGAUAGAGGAAAUUCUCAGUAAGUCCCGAGCAGGAGACACGGGAGUCAAGUUGGAGGUGAACGAGAGGAUCCUUGGCUCCUGUACCAGCCUGAUGCAGGCUAUCAAGGUGCUUGUUGUGGCCUCCAAGGACCUCCAGAAGGAGAUAGUGGAAAGCGGCAGGGGUACCGCAUCCCCUAAAGAAUUUUACGCCAAGAAUUCUCGGUGGACAGAAGGGCUCAUAUCUGCCUCCAAAGCUGUUGGUUGGGGAGCUACCAUCAUGGUGGAUGCUGCUGACCUUGUGGUCCAAGGCAAAGGGAAGUUCGAGGAGCUGAUGGUGUGCUCGCAUGAGAUUGCCGCUAGCACAGCCCAGCUUGUGGCUGCAUCCAAGGUGAAAGCGAACAAGGGCAGCCUCAAUCUGACCCAGCUGCAGCAGGCCUCUCGGGGAGUGAACCAGGCCACGGCCGCUGUGGUGGCCUCAACCAUUUCCGGCAAAUCUCAAAUUGAGGAAACAGACAGUAUGGACUUCUCAAGCAUGACACUGACCCAGAUCAAGCGCCAGGAGAUGGAUUCCCAGGUUAGGGUGCUGGAGCUGGAAAAUGACCUGCAGAAGGAGCGUCAGAAACUAGGAGAGCUUCGGAAGAAACACUACGAGCUGGCUGGUGUUGCUGAGGGCUGGGAAGAAGGGACAGAAGCAUCACCUUCUGCUGUUCAAGAAGCGGUGCCGGACAAAGAGUAGAGCCAAGCCAGCGCCCCACUCAUCAGAAUGUAAAUCCUUGUUUCCCUCCUGUGACACUCCCCACCGUGGCACACCGGGUCCUUGUAGGCCUCUCCAGUGACAAAAGCUGAAGGCCAUCGAUCGGGUGUCCUUGUGACGCCACCUAUGUUUGCAUGCAUGAUGAGUUCUUCCCCUAUGUCCCUGGCAUACAAGGCAGACCAGGGUCAGCCAUGAGUAAGCUCAGGUUCACAGAAAAAAACAGCGACAUGGCCAACCUGUCUUGCCCAGUAUCCGCCUCCUCACCGGUCGCGUCCUUAGGGAGGCGUCUUGUCUCACUGGGAGCUUGGAGAGGGGACAUCUUACGUCUGUUCUUUCUCCGCCUCCUCAGCCCUUUGCAUUUUGUCCUUUCCACAAACUUGUGAGCAUCCGAACUCCGCUGGACCCCAAACCAAGACGGCCGGUCUGAAUCCACUGUUGGGAGGGACACGAAGGAAGGCCGGCCUCCACGCCACGCUUUUGACAGCUCCAUGGGUCCCCCUUACCCCGAACGAUGGCUCGUUUGGGUCUUUUGGUUUCCUGUUUUUAAAGUUUCACACAGCCAACUUUCCCAAAAAAAAAAAAAAAAAAAAAAAGGGUUCCCCCCCCACCCCAGCCCUACCCUGAGCUCUGAGCCUUCUGAGAGGAAGCCCCGCUCUCACGCCACAGGCCCGGUAUGGCUCAGGCUUCGCUUUGGUGCUUCAGCUCAGCGUUUCCGUCGGCCAGGGCUACUCCCCGGGGUGCCAGCUCUCCUCGGAAGUCGGAAGCUGAGCCAGUGCCUUUACUUUCAGACCUGGAUGCCAGCCCCGAGGCCUCUGUCCGCCUUCACAAGCCAGGGAGCACCAGAGUUGAAAGAAAAGAAAAUGGUGCCAGGGGCCCAGCUGUUCAGGGGACGUUUUUCUUAGGAGCUCCCGUCACCAGGUUCACCCCCUGUCACAUGCUGGAAUGGAGCCAGUGUGAACAGCAACAUUACAUCCCCAGAGUGAAUUUGCCGGGCCAUGUCACUUGGGGUCACCUCCUGUCCAACCUAGGCAAGGCCCCGAGAGGGCUGAAUAUAAAGGAACUAAAAGUGG